UCCCUUGUAAAAAAACGAGAAAGAAUAGAUAUAGAUGCAUUGGUUUUGUCUGUUUCUGUGGUGGAUCUGUGUAGUUACAUAAAAGGAAUUGGUUAGGUUGAUUUUGUUUUUUGGUUGGAAGAUGGAUUCUAACGAUUUUCGAUCCAUAUUGGAGAGCGCGGGCAUCGACAUUUGGAUGUUGAUGGAUGUCGCCAUCGCAGUGGCGUCUGCUGAUCACAGUGAUGAAUUGAGGCGUCGAAGAGACGGAAUCGUUGAGCGCCUCUACGCGACGAGUUUCUUGUCAUCAUCGCGGUGUCCAAAUUGUGACAUCGACGACGUUAGAGAAACAGAGAUGCAAAGCAAUCCCUCCGCGGAGGAGGAAAAGGAUACUUGCGAAGUUUUGUUUGAUGAUGAACAGAAGAAGAUUCUAGAGAUUAAAGAGCAACUUGAAGAUCCUCACCAGUCCAAAGAUUCGUUGUUGGAGUUGUUGCAGAAUCUAGCAGACAUGGAUAUUACAUUCCGAGCCUUACAAGAGACUGAUAUUGGGAGGCAUGUGAAUCGGUUGCGGAAGCAUUCGUCUAAUGACGUUAAGAAAUUGGUGAAGUUGCUAGUCAGGAAAUGGAAGGAGAUUAUAGAUGAAUGGGUGAAGUUGAAGACGACAGGAGAAGCGAGUACUACUGUCAUGGCUGACGAGGACUCGCCACAAGAUAAAAUCCAACAAAAUGAACAUCGUCAGAUUCCCGAUUUUGCAGACUCGUCAAAUCCACACAAUGAAAGUUUUGGGUCAGAGCACAACAACAUUGAACCACAACAACGAAAACCAAAAGCAAUUCCUCACAAAGAAUCUCCCCUAAAACCAUCGGCAUCAGUUACUACUCCUACACUUGCACCUCAAAACUGCCUGUACAAGAUCAUAGUGAGUAGUCCUGACUUGUUGAAUGAUUGCAGAGACAAAGGGAGAGCAAUUUUGAGUUGGAUAAACUUGCUUCGGCGAGAAAGCGACUCCAAGAGAACUACAAAGAGCCAAAAAGCAAAGAACGAUCCAGGUGAUGGAUCUCCAUGAGUUGCCAAAACCCAAGAAUGCCUAUUUCGGAAAAAGCAAAGGUGGCACCAGUCAGGGAAGACACUGGUGACUACGUGCCCAGUUGCGUCUGAAAAGGCUUUUUGUGGGUGAGUGAUGUGGCAUUAUCCGAAAAUUGAUCCCAGCACAAAACGAUGAUAAUCAUUCAGCUAUAUCUUCAUUUAAUAUACAUCUAUUAAUAUAUAUAUUUUUAUCUCUAUUCGUCUUAUUAUAUAUAUCUAAUAAAUCUAUUUUUUGUCCUUUAUAAGAACGGUUGAUUUCCGUGGUUUUUAUUUUUCCUAUCUUAAUUCUGCAUUCAACAAUUCUAGCCAGCCGAAUUCAAGAGUUGAAUAUUUUCCACAAACAUUAU